UAACACUUACAGUUUUUGUUAUCUUUGUUCUAAGAGUUCUCAACACUAUUUGAUUUGUGAGAAAUCUUCACGAGAUUUCCAGAACUGCCUCUCUGUGUUAAGGAAGCUCACCAGCCGUAAAGCUUCUCCAAAUUACUGCUCUUGUUCCGCCGAAUCUACAGAAAAGCUAAACAGAGAGAUGUUACCACAGCGUUUAAAGCAGACAAUCACAGACAACCCAAAGAAGCUUGCGAGUUUGAUUGACAUUGUGAAUAUUCCUUCAACACUAAGAGAUUUGUUGGGUAAAUCCCAGAUUUCUCACUUGGGCUGCUUCAUGGGUGUUUGGUCAUAUAUCAAGACCAACAAUCUUCAGGAUUCUAACAACAAAAAUAUAGUAAACUGUGAUGAAAAAUUGAAGAGCGUUAUGUUGGGUAAGGAUCAGAUCGAGCUAGCGGAACUUCCUUAUUUAAUCAAGCUUCACUUUCCCAAGAACCCACCAAAGCCAUCCAGGUAAAUAAAUAGUUGGUUGAUUGCUUCUUUGUUGUUCUUCCUAUAUGUAUGCAAAUGAUUUCUGAACCUAUAAGAUUUUUGUCAAUCA